UGUGUGCCCUUCAUACACAUGCUGGACGUCAGUAUCAUUUUGUGUAUGAGGCAAAGAACAUGACUGAAGCUCUGAGCUACUGCAGAGACAGAUACACUGACCUGGCGUCCAUCGACAACAUGGAGGACGUGGAGCUGCUGAACACAGAGGCAGAUUCAAGCAGAAUGGUCUACUCAGAAUACAGCCAUCGGGCGUGGAUAGGUUUGUACGACGACGUGGAGAGCUGGAGGUGGUCACUGUCGGACAGAAGUUUCUACAAACCUGGAGAGAGUACGUUCAGACACUGGUCAUCUGGAGAACCCAACAAUGUGCACAGUGCAGAGCACUGUGGACAGAUGUAUGGUGAUGGACUCUGGAACGAUGAACCAUGUGGGAGACUUUACAAGCCAGUCUGCAGUGAUGUCACAGGGUCGAAUGUGACCUUUGUCCUCAUCAACACCUCCAUGUCAUGGACUGAUGCCCAGAUCUACUGCAGAGAACACCACACAGACCUGGCCAGUGUGAGAAACCUGGACGAGAACCAGAAGAUAAAGGAGCUGAUCUCAGGACUUACGGUUUGGAUCGGCCUCUCCAGAGAGACCUGGAAGUGGACGGAUGGACGUAAUUCUUCGUUUAGGUACUGGAAUCUGUCUGAACCCAAUAACAACUAUGAAACAGAGACAUGUGUGGCCGCUCAUUUUAAAGACUCUGGCAGAUGGGAGGACUGGCCCUGUCACUACAAGAGAGCAUCCAUCUGCUACAGAGGUGAGCUAUCAAUCCCUAACGUUACAUUGUGGAUUUAAUCAUUGAUGGCUGGUCAAUAGAGGGCGCUAUGGCGCCGCCCAACCACUCCUCACAAAGAAAACGACAGACGUCCACUGGAUAGAAUCUUUUUGAACGAGUAUUUAUUGAAU